AUGUCUGGCAGACCCGUCAGCACAGCUUCCCGACUGAGUCGACGCUUGACACAACGCAUCAGCCAACGCUUCAGCUCUGGCCGGCGGACGCGUUACGGUGUGCCGAUUGCCGAGACCCGGGAAGGACUGCGCUUUCUUGCGAAGAGCCGCCAUGAGAUAGAGGCUGAGAAUGCGGGCACGCUGUACGACAUUGGCGACAGGAAUGUCGCAUUUGUUGAUCCUGGCGCCGGGUUCAGCAGCUCCCACGUGCCAGAGGGCCGACGCGCACAGUGGAACACGUUCAAAAUCAUCCUUGUCAUUAGCAUCUUGACGGUGCUUAUUUACGGUCUGACCUUUCUCAUCGGCAUACUUUUGACAUGGGCGCGCACAUGGAGUCGUGCAGACGUCAAUGUAGUCGCAGACACGGACAUCCUGAUCUUCAUCACGCUUGCAUCCUUCCUCUGCGUCUUCACCGCUGUCAUUGGUCUCAGCGGAGUACUCCUCAAUUCCAGACCCAUUCUUGCCAUUUACACCUUCCUACUUUGGCCGGCGCUCAUCAGCAUCCUUAUUGUCGGUUACACCGCCUACAAGCGCGCAAAUCUAAGGCUCGAUCGCAAGCUCAACAUGGCAUGGAGUCGAUACUUCGAUGACCUCUCCCGCCUGCGGCUUCAGAACAACCUACAUUGCUGUGGUUAUUACUCUCCUUUACAUCAAGCGACAUUCUCCCGUCGCUGCUACCCGCGAACGUCUCUCCCAGGCUGCAAGGGUAAACUCUAUCGAUAUGAGAUGGCGGCGCUCAGCAUCACCUACAAAGUCACGUUCUCUAUCGUCUUCGUUCAUCUCAUCAACAUUGUCUGCGCGUUACUUUGCUCCAAUCAUGUCAACCUGACUUUUGGAAAGGGUCUGACGCCGAGGCAGUACCGUCUCGACAUGACGCAUGUCCGUCGCAAUGCUUUCAACAUCAUGAAGGUGUUGACCGACUCUGCUGAGCAACGAGGAAUCACUCUUAAACCCGAGUCCUCGACACAAAGCUUUACUCGUCAGCUUUCAGUUGCUGACAUUGCCGACGGUAAUCGGCCGUCUUUUGAAGAAGUUCCGCUUGGGCGGUCCACUCCGACAGUACCAGAUAUCGACUAUGUGGCAACGCCGCCAGCUUACAGCCACAGCCUGGAUGCGUCUUAUGAUCAUUUGGCAUCAGGUGAUCCAUCUCCGAGUCCCCAUCACUCCAUCAGGAUGGUUGGAGGUCAAGGAGAGGCGACUGGUAGCCUCGGUAGCAACGUCCGGGGUCUUGGGCUGUCAAUGAGCGUGUCCCAAAAUGCAGCGGCACUACUCCGUGAACGGCAGCUUGCGCAGUAUUAG